GUAAUGACCCAGGAGCCUCUCACCAAGGCAGUCAAUGUGAGUUCAACUCCAGCUCAUGCAGGCUUCCUCUCCGGUCAUACAUAGGAAGAUCUCCCAGCAACCUGCGGAAGAGGAUGGGUUUCCCGGGCUCUGCCUGCUUUCCUCCCACAGUAAUGCUGGUCGCCGUCGUAUAAGUGAAAUAUUCUUGAGUACGGCGUAAAACAGCAGUCAAAUAAAUAAAUAAAAAUGUUAUUUGGUGAAAUCUCAUUAAAAUAAUAAAGUAUGAUACUUCUUAGGAAGCUUGAGAAUCCUGCUUUUGAUUGAAAUAUGUUUUAGCCAGGUGCUGUUUUGUCCUUUAAGCCAUUCCUGUGAGAUAGGGGAAAAAAAGCACAAUACAUCAGAAAUUCUUAAAUGCAAUUCAGCAUUUAAUUAUUUACUGUAUAAAACUGCAGUUUACUUUUUUUCAGGAUGCUGACAUCAGAACAGCCAAUAGAAGAACUCAGUCUUCAAGGUUAUGAAGAAGACUUUGUCAAGUGUUAUUUCUUUCAGUAGUUCUGAGAAAAAAAAUAUUUCCAUCGUUUGCAUGUUUGCAGGACAUUGUAGGUUUGCUGGAAACAUACAUAGACAACACCUUUUGCUUAUAUGUUCAUAUAGUCACAAUGAUGUUGGAAAUUUCAAAUGUUUUUCAAAUCUUUCCUGGUUCAGUACCAUAAAGGGAGUUGUUUUACAUCACAGCGGACAUAUUUUAUGGAAAUUUGGGAGUGCAUUUCCAUUUAAAUAGUGUUGUUUAUUGAUUAAACAUGCAUGAUUAAAUCCAUGUUUUUUUUUCACUAUAUUCCAUGUGUCUGUCACAUAGGUUUGAACGUCAGUUUAGUUUCUCUUGGACUCUUUCUGCUUUGAACCAAUCAGAAUCAAGCAGAAUGUGUCGUUUGACAUACGCUAAACUUUGGGUGAAUUACAGUAAUUAAAUUACCGGUUAUUAAAUAUUCUCACUGUCAUUCCACUGACUUCAUUGAUUUCAGAAAGACUGCAAUGGUGAAUAAGCAGACACGCAAGGAGAAGAAAAAACGAAAACAACAGCAGCGAUUGAAACAGAAAGAAUUGCUUCAGAAAGCUACGGACUUUCCAUUUAUUCAAAAUGACAAAGUUGUGCGCUAUAUCCAAAGGUCAAAGGUCAUGUUUAUUAUGCGCGGCUUGGCGGGGGCAGGAAAGUCCACCAUAGUUGAAAUUUUGCAGAAAAAGUACAAAAACAGUGAAGUUUGUUCUGCUGACAAUUUUUUCUCAAGAAAUGGAAGUUAUGAAUUUGAUAAAAAUUUACUGGGAGAAGCACAUUUAAAUUGCCACAGUUUAGCCAGAGUGGCGUGCGAAAAUAAGAAGCCUGUCGUUGUCAUUGACAAUACAAAUGUAAUGAGAUGGGAAAUGAAGGCAUAUUUGGAGUUAGCAGUGAAGCAUAAUUAUGUGGUUAUCAUGGUGACACCCAAGACUUCAUGGCGUUGGAAUCCGGAGGAGCUAGCACGGAGAAACAAACACGGAGUAACGGUUGAGAUUUUGCAGAAAAAGGUUACAAUGUUUCAGGACACCAUUCCACUGUACUAUGGUUGGUUUUUGAAUGAAGGCGAUUCAGAAAGACUACUGGAAAUGAGAAAUUGGAUUUAUCAAAUUUGCUUGCAGCAGUGUCCUGCCUUUCGUGAAGUUUUGUGUCGUCAUACUGGAUUGACAGAAGGUGAAGAGGAAGACAUGAAUUCAACAUUGCGUGACCACUUCACCCGUUCUGGAUCUGCUGGUAUUCUGCACUGUACUUCUAGGUUCUGCCGCUGGGGGAAAGAAGACGGAGCAAAGCAGUACCAUGAUAAAAAAAUUGUUCAAAGUUCAUGUGGCAAAGUGUUCAAGUUGGUGGUUACAGGGGUGACAAUCACGCCCAGGACUAUUGCCGCUCGGGUAAAACUCAAUCAGCGGCAGCUGAAGUUAUGGGGAAAUGAUGCUCGUGAGAAAGACUUCAAAAAUCACUUUAGAAGAAAUGAGAUAAGCACAAGAAUUGGCGAACUAAAUCAGUCUGCAGCAUCCUUAAAACAGAAUAAGUGUGACUCUGCAAUGUGUAAAUCUUUAUCAGUUUCAACAAAUCAUACAGAUGUGCAGGUAAUAGAUGGUCAUGUUUCUGUAGUUCUUAGAAAUUCCAAGAGGACAUCUCGGUCAGCUAACAAAAAUGCUCCGGGAGAUGCGUUGCUCACGGAAAACCCUUUUAGCGUUUUAGAACAAAGUGAUGCUGUUGACCCAGUUGAAAGUAGCCCUGUAGUGCCAUCUACGAACGAGUCUGUAUCAAAGGGGAGCAACCCUCCACCAAAUGUAGCUCAAGCCGUCAGCGCACAUGUUACACUUGGUUUUGCGAAUGGUAUUAGAGCGCAACAGUCAGGGAUAGACAUUCUUGAAAUCAUUUCCAUAGCAACAAGAAAAGGACCUGCUUUCAUGAAAAGAUUGGACAACGCGGUUUUGUAUUAUUACGGGGAAGGGAGAUGUGAAGUGUCCUUUAACAAAUCUUUGGAAUAUGAUUCGAUAUUUUCUGGAUUUUACUAAGGCUUUGCCAGAUUUUCAAACUGCCUCAAGAUGUCUUAAGAUGUUUAUAUGUUUGUAAUGAAUGAAGUGAAGAAAAAAGUGCGAUAUUAAUGAGCUCAGUGCAGAGUUUUCAAUUUACGGCAUUGUGAGUGACGUCACUGUGAGUGACAUCUUGAAGUUCAGUGACUUGGUGGCUUUAUGGCAUGGUAGUGUUCAAGUUUGAAUGAAUCAAUCGCCUGAAUAUCAUUAUUUUUGCACUAACAUGGAUCCAUCCAAGA